AUGGGUCCGCCGGCAGUGGACAAGAAACCCGAGAAGACGACGCUGCUCGGCUCCAUGAACCCAUGGGGCGGCAGUGGCCGAAGUACGCCAACGCCCGGCCCAGCAGCUGCGGAUCCGGCCACGGCCGUGACAGGCACAGGGCCAACGACGUUAUCGUCUACAACGGGCCCAGACCCGGCGACAGGUACUACGUCGACCGCUCCUGACCACAGUACGAGGCCCUACUACGGACGCAGCUUCAAAAGGUAUCCGCCAGGCUGUCCGCCGCCGAGAGUGCAAUGGUUCCACGCGGUCGACUCUCCUAAGCGCAAGGCAAACUGGAUGGGAAGCAAGCAGGUGCCACAGGACACGAAACCACUUGCGCCGGCGAAAAAGUAUGUCAAAUUCUCUGCCAACGACAGUCGCUCAAUCGAAGCGGCCUACCAGAAAGAACUGGAGAGCUUCGAAGACAGGGACCAGGCCCUUCCAGGCUCUCGCUCACGGGGCAAGUCAGCGACAGACACAAGUGACAUCUCGGAUGUCGGAGCGACCUCCAGCAAAGACGGAAAGGAGAGUGGCGGACUGCAGACGAAGGGUUCCGGCGUCAAAGUGCCAGUGAACGAGGACUUCCUCUUUGACGUGGACAUUGAGAACCGCGAACUUGCGCCUGUCUACUGGCUGGGCCCCGUGUACGAUGUGCGCCGCGGUAUCUGGUUCUACCAAGAAGGCUCGAAUCUGCGCGCCUGCGAAGAAAACUUGGCUGCCCAGCUCGAGGAGGGCUACCUAAAGGCUAAACCGUGGCUCUACCCUGUGCGCGAGAAACAGGCCGCCGCGUCUGUCGAGGUGUCGAAAAAAGAGUCCUCGGAGAAUCUGAAAGGGUCGGAGGCCGAAACAGAGGCGACCGCUCCUCCUUCGUCGGUCAUUGCAUCCGUGACGUCCGUGUUCUCGUCGGCCACCUCGAGCCCGGCGGCAACUGGAAGCGGCGCACUAGACAAGACAUUCCAUCCCGAAUCGCACCGCCUCUUUGGGCAGUACAUGAAUCAUGUGGCGACAUACCAGGACGAAAACACUGCGUGGCUGUCGACAGACGGUGUGCUCUCGUGGGUCACAUCGACUGUGUACGAGCGUUUCUCCGGCGGUGGGUACAUGAGCGGUGUCAAGGUUGUGCGCGGCUACUCGGAACCGAACAAGGCCAAAGACGACAAAGAAAAGGCCAAGGACGGAACCGCAAAGGACGACACAGGACCGGGCGACAGCGCCGAGGAAAAGCGGCUCAAGGCUCUGAAGCGAAGGUCCGCGCCUCCGAGCACAUUUGCGACUGCCGGCGGCAGUGGUGCUGAUGGGAAAGAGCUGUGGGACGACGGCUCACGCACGUCUACCGACAAGGACAAAACGAAUGACAAUGGCUCAGGAGCAGCUUCCGAGAUGGUGCGCCGCAGCAGCCAGCUCCAUCGCCAGCUGUCCUCUCUCAUGGGCAAGAACGAGAACUGUGACCCAGCACAGCAGGCGGAAGAGAUCCGGCGGCGCGCCGAAGAGGAGAUUUCUGACGACUACAAUGCUCAGAGCGGCGAGUCGCAGGGCCGCGAGAUUGAGCACCUUUUCCUUGUCACGCACGGCAUCGGCCAGCUCCUUGGCCUUCGCAUGGAGAGCCUGAAUUUCAUCCACGACGUCAAUACGCUUCGCAAAACGCUCAAAUCGGUGUAUUCAGAGUCCAAGGACCUGCGGGCGCUCAACUCUGAGCCACCGGAGGGGCCCGGCAACUGCCGCAUCCAGGUCCUGCCCGUCUGCUGGAGACAUCUGCUCGAUUUUCCGCGCCGCCGCGGCGAGUCCAAGAAGCAGGAGCAGGAUCUCAGCGAGAUGAAUGAAGACGAGGACGAGGAAGAAGAGUACCCAGCCCUCGACGACAUUACUGUCGAGGGUGUUGCCUUUGCGCGUGCGCUUAUCUCCGACCUGGCCCUUGACGUAUUGCUGUACCAGAGCGCCUACCGCGAGCAGAUUGCGGAGAUUGUGUUGAGCGAAUCCAACCGGAUUCACAGCCUGUUCCUCGAGCGCAACCCGGGCUUCAAGGGCACCGUCCACAUCAUUGGUCACUCGCUCGGUUCCGCCAUCAUGUUUGAUCUUCUCUGCCAGCAGAAGGAGAAGAAGCCGGACGCAGAAGAGGCUGAGCCAUACCGCAACCCACUCAGCAUCUGGCCGUCCACCCGUUCAAAGAAAGCAAAAUCAAAGUCCGCGACGGUGUUCGAUGAGGAUGAGAUUGAGGGCGCCUCAGCAUCCGGAGGCAAGAAGAGCCUCGAGUUCAACUUUGAUGUGCAGGACUUUUUCUGUCUGGGAUCGCCAAUUGGGCUGUUCCAAAUGCUCAAGGGGCGCACAAUCGCUGCUCGGCACCUGCUCAGGUCGCCACAGGCGCCCGAUCAGGUCUCGUCACUGUCGUCGUCGGCCGUGGUGUCGUCGCUCGCGGACAAUGACAACAGCCCGUAUGGGUUCGAGUACUCGGACGACACAUUCAUGACAGCACCGUCAACAACGGCGACGGACCAGCGCGUCUCGACCAUAACGGGCAUGCCCUUGUCGGUGUCGUCGCCCAAGGUGGGCCAGCUCUUCAACAUCUUCCACCCAUCAGACCCCAUCAGCUACCGCCUGGAGCCGCUGAUCGCGCCCGCCAUGAAGAGCCUGAAGCCCCAGCCGCUGCCAUACACAAAAAAGGGCCUCUUUGGCAGUGUGGCACCACAAGGGCUGACGGACAUUGGCGCCAAGGUGGGCCAGAGUUUCUCGGGACUGUGGUCGAGCUUCCAGGCAGGCAUCACAACCAACAUCCUCAACCGCAGCCUCGGCCUGACACCGGACGACGUGUCGAAACUCAACCAGCAGGAGCAAAAACAGAUCGCGGCUGGCGAAGAGGACAACAGCGCCAACGACUUUGUGGUCGACGAGGAGGUCGAGACGCUCUUCUCGCACUUUGAAAAGAAGCGCGCCGACAUGGCCAAAGAAAGCACCAAGGACGCCAAAGCGGCAGACAAGGACAGCAGCAGCGACGAAAGCCGCGAGGCACGGGCGGCGCGCUGGCGGCGCGACGAGGCCAAGGCACGGCGAAUGCGGCGCGAGGAGGCCAAGGUGCGCGCGCUCAACCGCAACGGCCGCGUCGACUUUCACAUCCAAGAGGGCGUGAUGGAUUUCAACCCCAUCAACACGAUCGCGUCGCACUUGACCUACUGGGCGGACGCGGACGUCAGCCAUUUUAUGAUGACCCAGGUCUUUGCGGGCAAGCUGCGGGCAGCGAAGGCGAAGAAGGGCAACUCGUCGGAGGUCUGA